AUUUUUAACACAUUUCCGUAUCAUUCGAGAUUGGAUAGAGUGAAUUUUGUUCAUAGAAACUUUCUCGUAUUUUAAACAAAUACACGCGACGUUGCGUUGUACGUUGAUUCUAUCGGCCGAAAUAAUAACAAACCAAAUUGUGGUUAUCGUUCUUGUUGUUUUCGUUAUGCGGUAUUUUUUUUAAGCGAUAUCUGUUUCUACCUCGAUGAAUAAACGUUUCUCGUUUCAUGGUUUCAGUCUAUUCACCGUACCGCGUAUCGGUCGAAAAAAGAUGAUCGAUGAUCGCGAAACAGUCGUAGUCGCCUCGUGAUUACCAAGGAUAAACAAAAACGAUCGUGCAUCGCGGUCGUUUUGGUAGGGAAAUCGAUCGCGAGUCUGACUAGUGUCAGAGUUCGUGGGCGACGGCGACGGCGACGGCGACGGCGAGCACAUUGUCGACAGAAUGUUGGUGUGGAGUUGCAUGCAAGAAACAAGAACCGACGAGGACGGUUGCUACUUUCUCUACAAGGGCGCGAUUUAAUUUUUUGAUUUAAGAAUACGCGAUCGCCUUUGCCCACCCUGAGCACGUGUCCAUCGACACGUGGUUCCAAAGAAGAUGUGAUACGCUGUUUAUGCUAUUCUAGCGUGACUUUGUCCGCUAAUUUUUUGAAAAUUCAACGUUCCCUGCUUCGUAAGAUGCGAGUGUAACGAAGAAAUGGAGACACUUUACACGGGAGCGAUCCACGGAUUCCCUCGAUCGAACGGCGAUCUCGUUAACGGAGUUCCAACGGGAAUCGCAAGCUCGUUCGAUCAGGAUGGCGUUUUGAGUCUCAUCGUCGUUCUGGGCGGAAGCUUAUCCCUCGUUGCGCUAGUCUUCGCCUUCAUUACCUACAGUCUGUUUUCGGACUUGCGGAGCCUGGCAGGAACGACCCUUAUGAAUCUCUUGUCGGCCCUCUUCAUGGUUCAACUGCUCUUCAUCGUUGGAGUGGGUGGCGUUCAGGACUCGGAACUGUGUAUCUCUCUGGGACUGAGUCUCCAGUACCUUCGAAUGACAGUGGUAUGUUGGCUGGCUGCAAUGUGUCAUCACCUUUACGCUACGGUUGCCUCGAUCCCGCGUCGCGACGACCCACCGACCUACCUCAAGUACAGCGUCUUCGCUUGGGGUGCGCCGUUCCUCAACCUCGGAGGCGCCACGAUUCUACAGAUACGCGAAGCUAAAGACAUUUGGGACAUCGCGGACCUUACGCCCUUCAAUUGCUGGUUUCUGGGUACGAAGGCAACAAUUUACGCUUACGGUUUACCUGUCGCCCUGCUGCUUCUAAUCGCCGGCUACUAUCUAGUCAAAGCUGCGAUCGUGUCCAGGUACACGUGCAGCAUGCAGCUGGAGAUUAAGCAGCGCGAGAAAAUGAAGAGAAGAAGAUCCCUGCAAUUGAUACUAUUUUUGAAAAUCAGCAUGAUAGUAGGCGUAGUGGCUGGCUGCGGAGUCGCGUCCAGAAUAUGGAAAGUUCCUUUUCUCUGGGCCGUGUUCUGCACCGGUCAUUCCCUGCAGGGACUGGCCGUGGCGUUGUCCGUCGCGUGCAACUGCAGAGUUUUAAAGGUCUACGCUAGGAAAUCUUACAGGCAGCCGAAGCAGCAGAUCGCCCAGUCGAGUAGCAGUAUGCAGUUGCUCGCGCCUGCACCGGAUCCGGUCUAGAUCGACGUGUUUCGGGCUUGGAAGGACAAACGAUACACGGCUAAACGAUACCGACGACUUACUUUCGAUUAGCAGCUUUCCCAGUCGCGGUACGAAUCACGAAACCAGAAACAAAAACAGAAAAGGAAAGCCGUUUCGCUGAACGAACGGAGGAGUCAAAAUGUUUGAUUCCACGGACAUACGUUGCGUCAACAUAUCAUCGCUAAUAUCGCAACCUUUGUAUUUUGUAUGCGUCACCGAACGCCACGAUGAAACGAUGCGACGCCGCGACAGAGAAACGCUAAUUACGCUUUUCGAGGGGAUAAAGGCGACAGCCGUUAUCAGGAAAACCACGAACAUUAUCGAGAGAUGGAAAUGGAACGGUGAAUAUCGAUCUAGCGUGAAAGGAAUCCCCUGCAACGAGCGUUGUAUUCGCACGCGUUCCCGGCGGUUUUGCGGCUGGCAUUCCGUUGCGAUGCAAUUAACACUCGGUAAUGACAUAUGCGAUCGCAUUAGUACGCGUAACCAUCGGCACUCCGUAAAUGUAAGAGCAUUGUAAUUAUAAUACCAAGAAAUAAAUAUUUUGAAAUCCUAUAUAGCAGGAACUCCGCACUCUUCCUCCCGCCGUCGCGUCGGACGAUCGUGAUCACGAUAUCAACGCGAAGGUCAUCGACGAAAAUCAAAACACGCGCGACUACGUACUUUUCCCUCCCUUUCUCUCGUCUUUCCUAUGGAUCAAAUGUGUAUUAUUCAGAGCUACAAGAGUAUUCGAUCAUUUCGAGCAAAGAGUAACAAAGGUGACUGUGAUGUAAACUUUCGAUCGAUCGAAACUGUUGUCCGUGUCAUCUCUUCCUGUGCCGCGAGCAACUUGACGUUUAAUUAUCGGGAACGACUGACUGCCCGUGCCCGUGUUUGGAAACGGUCCUCUUUUAUUGCCCCGACUUACUACUAACCCCAAGAGAAACCCAGCGAGGAUGACGAUUAUGAUUAAAUUUCCAUUCGAAACGUAAAGUAGCGUCCGUCUUUCGACAUUUUUUGUAUAUUCAAAACAACAAUAAACGCGGUCAUUGGAAAUAGUGAUUAUAGGUUCGCAGUCAGAUCUUACAAACCCGAAUACGAACAGAUGAAUGUUUAAACAAUUUGUUGAUGUAGUUAAAAAUAGUUGAAAAUCCUUAAAGUACAUGGUGCAACGAUGGAGAACGAAAUAAUUUUGGAAGCUUGGAUCAGAACCUUUAAUGUUUUGCAUUAGUGGCGCCAUCGAUGGUAAACCGCCCAAGUUUGUAGUGAGAGUGGUUCCCGCUGUUGGUACUAGAUGCCGCCACUAACAUUUAUGGUCGUCGCCAUCUAGUGGUGAAAUGAUGGAACUAAUUUUAGGAGUUUGGUCAGCGCCUCUAUCGGGAAAACGUCCAAGUUUCUCGCCCGAUUAAUUCCCUCUCGCCAUUUGUUCGAUGGCGAUGGUGUCGCCAUCUAGCGUUGCGAGAAAGAACUAAAAGGCGACAAACUUGGGCGUUUUCCCGAUAGAGGCGCUGACAAACUUCUAAAAUUAGUUCGAUCUUUUCACUACUAGAUGGCGAGGACCAUAAAUGUUAGUGGCGACAUCUGGCACUAACAGCGGGAACUAUUUUCUCUGCAAACUUGGACGCUUCGUCGCUAGAUGACGCCACCUUAGGCUGAAAAAUUAAUCUCCUCACCUCUGCAAGAUAUUAAUAUACAUGGUAUACUAAUGCAGAAUCAAAUAACUUGUUAAAUAACUGUUUAUAAAAAUGAUCAACUUGAGAUAUUAAUAACAACUCUAUGGAGAAUUCUUUUUAUUUCUUACCGCGAUAACGUUUUUUCCGUUGUAUCAAUAACGCAUAUACUUUUCCUUCCCACCUCAAAGGGGACGAGAAACGACACGUUGCAAUUCUAGUAAAAAUGUUAUAAAGAAAUGCCAUUAUGAACUUUAGCAAACCAAUGUGUACCGUAUAAAAAUCUAUUGCCUUUUACAUUUGUCGCUAAUAUUUUUCAAGUCGUUCAAAAUAUAAUUUUUGUCGCACAAAAUGUAUUAACAUUCGCUUUCCAUUCCAGUUUUUCCCACAACCAUUCCGUAUUCUCUUAGCGAUUAUUUAACUAAUAAGACGUAACCUACGUAUUAAAAACCGCGUACAUUUAAAACUUACCAUUUUCGUAACGCCGAAGUAAUGCCUAUUAAUUCAUACUUAUUUCAAUUUCGCCAAGUUAAUCAAACGAUUUAGAAUUUUACACAUAUAUCCACGAUAAUUGCGAUCUUUUAUAUUUUUUUAAUUCCUAGAUAUCUGCGAGAUCUACGUUAAAAUUCUAGUUAUCGAAUACUCGUACAUACUUAACGCAAAAAUAUAUUUAAAUGUUGUAUAUCGCAUGGUAAUGAGAAAAUAAAUUCAGUAGAGUCAACUGUUGCAAGCCAUAACGACAUACAAGAUCGUCGAACGAUACAAAGAAAACAAAACAAGUACGUUGUUUAGAUCGGACGAAUCCUUAUCGAUGAUUAUAUAGACUUUUUUAAUAAAAAAAAAAAAGAGAGAAAAACAAAA